GUCCUAAAUUCAAUGAUGGCGUUCAAUGUCCUCAAUACAUUGAGAAAAUAUGUUUCGUGAGGUUAAGUGUCAAGGUAGUAAUAUCAAAUAAUAUUAACAUUCUGUGAAAAUAUACAAUAUUCAUAUUUUUAUUAAAAAUGGAGAAGUAUUCUCAUAGAAAAGGCCGUGAACGAUCAAAAAAGGACGAUACGAAUCGAUAUAAAUAUAAAGGUAGAAUUUCUCGUAAGGACAGUGACAGUGACUAUGAUAGCCAUUCUAAAAGAUCAAAAUCGAGACAUAAACACUCUAAAAGCUGUAGUCAAAAAUAUAAAAAAUGUAGAUACAGAGAUUCUUCAAAAUCACGCGAAUCUCGUAAAAAAUCCUCGAAACAUAAAAGCAGAAGAAGAUCAUCAUCUUCGUCAUCUUCAUCAAGUCCAAGUGAUUCUAGCGAUUCAUCCUCAUCUAAUUCUUCAUCAGAUUCUACAAAGCUUUUAGAAAAGCUUCAGAAACAGCGCCAAAAACAAAUCGAAGACAAGAAACGUCAAAAGGAAUUGAUGAAAGCUACAGAAACACCAGAGGAAAAAAGAUUACGGCGUUUAAAAAAGAAGGAAGCUAAGGAACGUAAAAGAAAAGAAAGAAUGGGCUGGGAUAAUGAUUAUUUACAUUAUACAAAUACAGAUAAUCCAUUUGGUGAUGGAAAUUUACUUUCCACAUUCGUAUGGUCUAAAAAACUUGAAAAGGAAGGUUUACUUGGUGUAAGUAGGGAAGAACUAGAAAUUAGGAAUAGGCAUAAACAAGAAGAAAAUAAAAGAGAAUUAGAAAAAGUUAAAAAAAGAAGACAGGAGAGAGAAUUAGAAAGACAACAAAGAGAAGAAGAGAUGACAAUGCUCCAAAGAGGAAAAGAAGCUGCUCAAUUGGAACAAUGGGCAAGACAGGAAGAUCAGUUUCAUUUAGAACAGGCGAGAUUAAGAUCACGUAUAAGAAUACAAGAUGGUCGUGCAAAACCAAUCGAUCUUCUUGCCAAAUACAUCAGUGCAGAGGAAGAAGUUGAUGCUGUAGAAAUGCAUGAACCUUACACUUACUUACGUGGAUUACAUGUGAAGGAUUUAGAAGAUCUCAUUGAAGAUAUUAAAGUUUAUAAAGAAUUGGAACGUGGAAAAAAUUUAGAUUAUUGGAAUGACAUUACAGUAAUUGUUGAAGAUGAACUGCAUAAAUUGAGAAAAUUAGAGAGAUCAGAGUACGAAGUUGCUGUGGGUAGAAGAGAAGGAAUACAUGAAUCAGUUGCUAAAGAUGUGACUGCUAUUUUUAAAGGAAAAACAGCAGCACAAUUAGAAGCAUUGCAACUACAGAUUGAAGCAAAAAUUACAGGAAAGCCUGAAGGCGUUGAUAUAGGAUAUUGGGAAAGUCUUUUGUCUCAACUUAAAGCGCAUAUGGCAAGAGCACGAUUAAGAGAUCGGCAUCAAGAAAAUUUACGUAAAAAAUUGGAAGUUUUAAUUGCCGAACAAGGUGUAGCUAGAACGGAAAAUGAAAUCGAGAGUUCGCAACCAGUUGAUGAGCAGCCAGAGAAACGAGAAGAACAAGCCGCUAAUACAGUCAUAGAAAAAAGUGAAGAAAGUCAAUCAGAUGAUGAUCAAGAGACUAAUAAUGCAGCUGAUGAUCUUUUGUCAGAAUCUUUCUGUGAAUAUGAAUCAGGAGGUUAUUCUCCAAAAUAUAUACCUUAUUCUCAACUUGAACCAGGAACAUUAAUAACUUUAGAAGAGGACGAUAAUCAGCGGUUGGAAUAUGCAAGAAAUCAAGUACUCAGUACAGGUCGGAAAAUCCAGAAUGUUAUGACUGCGGAAGAACAAGCAAUGCAUAGAGAAGCACGUAAAAACAUGAGUUCUGAUGAAGCACAAUUUAGUGUUGAGUCAUCUUUAGAAGCACAGAUUUAUCUUUGGUCUGACAAGUAUAGACCCAGAAAACCAAGAUAUUUCAAUCGAGUUCAUACUGGUUUCGAAUGGAAUAAAUAUAAUCAAACCCAUUAUGAUAUGGAUAAUCCACCACCGAAAAUCGUUCAAGGCUACAAAUUUAAUAUAUUUUAUCCGGAUUUAAUAGAUAAAAACACGACUCCUGAAUAUUUCUUGAUGAAACGCGGUGCUUCCUUACACAAUGAACCGGAAAGACCGAAGACCGCGAAUCUCGAAAAACCAACUGUGCUGGACCCCGAUCUGGUCGACAAGCUGGACAUGUCUCUUCUCAGCAAAGAGUUACUCGUUGAUUCGAUGAUGCGGUUUCGUCUCUCAAAAGCAAUUAGUGGGGGAACAUCGUCAUUCCCUUCGUCGUCAAGGUACCGACAAAACGUCACCGGUGUCGAGCGACAACGACAACAAUAUAGCCCAGCAUCGAACGGUGAGGUGUCGUGGUGUAGCGGACCCUUCUCCAUACGCCACAAACGACGGAGCUUUGAACAAAUUCUCGACUCGAAGUUCAGUCACAUCGAUGUGUCGGUUGUAUCAUCUAGGAUGCAGAAACAAGCGCGCAUAAGUAGACAAGAUGCGGCGUCUACAAAGAAGAGCUUGGAUAACACGAAACUGGAUGACAACAACAAUAGAAACGGAACAGCCAGCCACAAAGUACCUUCCUUGUCUACGUUGAAGAAGAAGAGUUCCAGACCCACCAUACAGAACGAUCUGGAAGUGUUCACAGCCUCUUCAACAAAGAGCGCUCCAGAACCUUGCAAGAGCUGUGGAAAGCCGGACCAACCAGAGCGGUUUCACAGUCAUCCGAAGGGUAGUCAGCCCAAGGCGAAGGACAGUUCUACGAUCUCCAAAUCAAGGACCACAAUACCAAAAACUGUUCAGAAGCCCAUUGCCUUGAAUUUUCGUAGCGAUAAGUGCAAGAACAAAGUGGAGGAAAUGGUUGUUCAGGAUUUCAAAUCAGGAAAUCUUCAAGAACGAUCUAAUGGAUCGAGUAGACCUUCGUCAGCGCCAAUUAAGAAGGGGCCAAGGACCAUUACUUGUUACAUAUGUGGCCGUGAAUUUGGUACCGCCAGCUUUCCUAUUCACGAGCCUAGAUGCAUGCAGAAGUGGGAACGGGAAAAUAAUUCUUUACCCGUGAACCAAAGGCGCCCGAUACCUCAGAGGCCCGACAUCGCCAUCAAUCAUUCAGAAUGGAAUGCAGUAGCAUGGGAAGAAAGUCAGGCGCAAUUAGUUCCCUGCUCGAAAUGUGGAAGAACAUUUCUACCAGAACGACUGACAGUCCAUCAGAAAAGCUGUAAAGCUUCUAUAAAGAAUACCGAGCCAGAGAAAGCAGAAAGCUUCCUUAGUGAAAAGUCUCCCGGUACGUCACGAGUAGGACCUCCUAUGCUUACUUGUCAAUCAUGUGGCAGAAACUUCGGCACGAAGAGUAUAAAAAUACACGAGCCUCAAUGCAUCAAGCGAAUGCAGAUAGAAAAGGAAAAGCAAUCGUCUCAGCCUCGAAAAAAGGAUUCGAUCCGGCAACAGAAGUCAGAAAUGAUGAACGUGCAAGAAAAUCUAAGCAGCCCAACGGGGGACAAUGUGCAGAAGAAGAUGGUCACAUGCUACAUAUGUGGUAGAGAUUUCGGAUCUACUAGCAUAGCCAUUCACGAGCCACAAUGCUUGAAAAAAUGGCACGUGGAGAACCAAAAAUUACCGCCAGGUCAAAGAAGAAAAGAGCCAGAGAGACCUGAAAUUAUUUACGCUCGUAACUUAGAAACGGGAGAUAUAACAGUUGACUUGGAUGCAAUGGCUGAGGCCAGUUGGAAAUCUCACUUAAGUCAACUGGUCCCGUGUAAACAAUGUGGAAGGACUUUUAAUCCUGACCGUGUAAGCGUCCACGAGCGAAGCUGUAAGGUCUCGUGCUCCUACCACAAGCAGCCAGCAGCAACCAACAGCAACCACAAGCAAUGAUCUUCUUAGAAUAAAUGAUUAUAUAAUACCUACAAUAGAAAAUGAGAUUAUUUAUUGUAAAAUAAUUAUAUAAAAUGUAGUUAGGAAGAGUUUCAAUAAGUCAGAUUAGUUCAACAGCA